ACGUAUUUUUUCAGAUUCCAGAAGGGUAGGGCGCAGGGCGGCUGGCCCCCGCAAGAAAACACGGAUACGAGUCAGCUACUUCCUUAGCUGAACCGAUCGGCUCCCACAAUCGAUUGAUGUCUUUUUCAGAUGAGAUUUAGGAUUUCGCCGUGCAUUUAGCUGGUUUGACGCUAAUUCGCAGUUGGUAGUCCCGAGAUCACAACUCGACAAAAUGACAGACUCCACGGUGGCCGACACUCGCCGGUUGAAUUCCAAGCCCCAGGACCUGACGGAUGCUUACGGUCCCCCCAGCAAUUUUUUGGAAAUAGACGUAUUUGACCCACAGAUCGUUGGAGUCGGACGGACCCGCUACACAACAUACCAAGUUCGCAUGAGGACAAACCUCCCCAUUUUCAAACUGAAGGAUUCCUGUGUGCGAAGAAGAUACAGUGACUUUGAGUGGUUAAAGAAUGAGCUGGAAAGAGACAGUAAGAUUGUAGUACCACCUCUGCCGGGCAAAGCACUGAAGAGGCAGUUGCCAUUUCUAGGAGGGGAAGGCCUUUUUGAGGAGUCCUUCAUUGAGGAACGACGAUCGGGCCUGGAGCAGUUCAUCAACAGAAUUGCAGGUCACCCCUUGGCCCAGAAUGAGCGCUGUCUUCACAUGUUUCUGCAGGAAGAGAGCAUUGACCGUAACUACAUUCCCGGAAAAGUAUGAAUGAAACAGGCUGCUGCACCUGCCCCCUCCCGAGUACUUUUAUUUCUACGUCACGUCAUUAAUAAAGCUGGUGGAAAUGUCAGAACUGCUCAGUAGGGAAAACACAACUCUUGCUCCUGGACAAAAUUAAGAGCUCCAAAAGUAUAAAAACAUGUGAUGAUGUGUCCUUGUUCAGCCAUUCCACAUAUUAAAACUGUGUGUACAUUAUUUUUUUGAUUCAUUUACGUAAUGAAAAAGAGAACACAGUCCAUAUAUAGUAUAUCCUUUUGUCAUUUUCUCAUAGCGUUUUUUUUAAGGUGAUUGUUUUUUUUAAGAAAAAAUGUUUAAUUUCCUGGUUUGAUUCCUGUUUUCUUUUGCAAGUAGACGCCUGAGUUUAAUUCAAACCUCCCAAAGUCGAGCAACAUGUAGCAUCAUGAGAAACAAGACGGUGAUGUGUCAUUCCAGUCGGUUUAUUUUCACCUGAGAUUUUGAUGUUCUGCACUGAACUGCUCUUAGAGUCCAUUGUUUUUUUUUGUUUUUUUUUUAAAUUACUUGUUUUAACUCCAUUGUCUUGGCCCCAUCACCCUGCCUACAUAUUUUUGGUUGUACUGUCAAAUCAGCUUAUUUGGGAAUGUUAACGUUUAGGUAAAAUAAACAUAUCUAAGCACUGUGACAAAACGGGUUCAUUAUAUGAACAAUAUUUCAUUGAAAUCAGCGUCUUGGUUCACUGAUCAAUACACACUAAGGAUUAUUCUGUGUUUCUUUUCCACCUGGUUUGUGCUUUUCAUCCAAAUUAUUGUGAAGUGUAUUAAUACAUGUUGCCAUGGCAGCUCUGCUGUCGGUGACAGGGGAAGGUCCUUGUCACUUCUUUCCUCCAAUUAAAUUCCCCCGCUGCCUGCUG